UAUUAUUGUUUACCACCCCGCUGACACACGUGUAGGCUGUACGGAGGCAGGAGAGGCAAGUUAGCGGCCACAGUAUCAAUUUGCAAGGGGACAGAGAGGAAGUGAAUGAAACAGUGAUAUAUAUGAAAAACCUGAAGUGAAUGACAGAGGAAAGAAGGUAGUAGCAUAAGAGGAACAGGAAGGCGGAUAGCGAGUGACAGGAGACAGGGAGUGGGCAGGAUGGCGUUCUCGGUGGUGCUGCAGGACGAGGCUCGCACGGUGUGUCGCCUGGUGCUGUUCAGGGAGGUGGAGAACGCCGGCCCGCUGCGCAAACUGAUACUGGCGGGGCAGGUGGAAGCCAGCCUCAUCCAGCCACAGAUGGUGGUGGCACCGUUCCAGGUGGCGGUGGCGGCCAACAGGGCAGUAAGGGCACAAGCACUUGGCAAGAUGGCAACACGCUCCCUGUACACCGAGGUCAUCUUUAACCUCUCCACCAAGAAGAACAUAAUGAAUGCCCUUAAGACCUUCGGAAUGGGGGAGGAGGACAAGGAGGUUCUGGCUGUGGUGCUGGGGACAGAGGAAGAGGUGGAGGACAAGGUUACCAAGAUCACACAGCAAAUCAAUGGCAAGGUUGUGGACACGUCAGAGCUGGCUGACCUGACACAGGAGGCUCGAGUGCAGGAGUUAUACAAGGUGACACCAGAGGAGCUUAAGGUUGGGAGUCUGUUAGAGGCUGUGGUGUCUCGCAUGGCGUGCCGAGACUUCCUGACCCUAUGAGUGUGUGUGUGUGUGUGUGUGUGUGUGUGUGUGUGUGUUUUAACAAUGACUUGUAUUGUUGUGUUUUCUAUGUAGUGUUUGUACUUAUUGGUUCCUUUGAUAAUGUCUGUAUUUAUCGAGUUGUAUUUACUUUGUCCUGUCUCCAUAUCUCUUGUUCUUGUUACCCAGUUUCACUUUAAUUUUGUUGACACUAAAGCUGUAACUGUCGCCUCACUUAGCUAUGCCAGAGUUCAGUGCUUUGGUACAGGACACUGUUAUUUCUUCAGUGAGACAUGUACUAUUCUUUAUCUUUUUUGUACAUUCUACUUUCAUAUAAUUGUGGUGCUUUGUUUCAUUACAUAGCGUGAUGCCGUGA